AUGGAAGUCAGUGACAUCUCCUUUGGGAUGGUGAUGUUAUUACAGAUCAGCAUCGGCCUCUCAGUGAACAUCUUCCUCCUCCUGUUUUAUGCCCAUGUGAUCUCCACCAGCCACAGUCUCAGCUCCCCUAACCUGAUCCUGGCCCACUUGGCCUUCGCCAACACCAUCAUCCUCCUCACCGGGGCAAUCCCGGAUGCUCUGUCAAUCUGGGGGUUGGAGAAUUUUCUGAGUGACGUUGGCUGUAAAUUCAUCAUUUACUCCUAUCGAGUAGCCCGGGGUCUCGUCAUCUGCACCACCUGCCUCCUGAGCGUCUUCCAGGCCGUCACCAUCAGCCCCGGCACCUCCCGGUGGGCGGGGGUCAAAGCCAAGUUACCCAAAUACGUCGUCCCGUCCUGUGCUCUCUCCUGGGUGCUCAACCUGGUGGUCGACCUUACGGCCCCAAUGGACGUGACAGCUCCCCGGAACAGUAGCAGCGUUCUAAUCAUAUUUGAUCUUAAAUACUGCACUGUGGUCACCAUGAGUUCAGAAACGGCCCUGAUCAACGCUGUCAUGUUCUCCGUGUGGGACCUGUUCUUCGUGGGGCUCAUGAGCUCGGCCAGCGGCUACAUGGUGUUCAUCCUCCACAGACACCACCGGCAGGUCCAGCAUCUCCACGGGCCCGGACGCUCCCCCAGGGAGAUGCCCGAGGUCCAGGCGGCCAAGAGGAUCGUCGCUCUGGUCACCCUCUACGUCCUCCUCUACGGGGAACAGUCCAUCAUGCUGAGUGUUUUACUCAACAUGAAAGAAAAGUCUUCUCUGCUGGUGAUCAGUCACAUGGUCGGAUCACCCGCCUUCUCCGUGGUCAGUCCGUUCCUAGUGAUUCACAGUAACAGGAAGAUGAAAGGCCUUUGGAAAAGGGACUCUUCUGGGUCCAAAUUGGAUUCCUCAUAG